GAUUUGCUUUUAAUGUACAGUUUCCCAUGUUAACUUCAACUAGUGCCAUGAUUGGGUAUAACGCAAACAAUCACCUUAUUCUCGUAUGGCUGCUCCUUGUGUUUGGACAUCAGUUUGGUAAUUCUGAGUUUAUCCACCCGUGUAACCACCAUAAUGGGAUUACAGAAGAGGUGGCGCAUGAAGUCCUGAAGGACUGGCCCGGCAAUCUUAACUUGGCCAGUGUUAAUAGGACCCACAAGUGCUAUGUGACCUGUAUUUUCUUAUAUUAUAGUAUUGUUUCCUCCUCCGGAGAUAUUACGUUGGACAAAUACUAUAACUCUGGAGUUAUUAAUGAAUACGCGUUUACACCAACAUUACGACGAUGCAUCUAUGAAAAUAGACUUGAGACCGACUAUUGUGAGCACACUUUCGGUAUGUUCAACUGUUUUAGGCAGGAGAAACUAAAGGCAAAAGCUACAUUCAAUAAAUGAAAAAUUCAAUUGCUUAUAAAGAGCAAUCACUCUGA